AUGGAUUACAACAUGGAAGACUCCCAAAACUCCGGUCCAGAUUCUGCAACGACGCUGGAGACGUCGAAACUGGGUAUUGGAACUGGGAGGACAGACACCCAAAAUGUCUCCAAACGGCUACAGAGCGAGUUGAUGCAGCUGAUGAUGUCUCCUUCGCCGGGUAUAUCUGCUUUCCCGGACGCGGAUGGCAACUUGCUCUCCUGGACAGCGACAAUCAGUGGCCCAACCGAAACACCCUAUGAAGGCCUCACAUUCAAGCUCUCGUUUGCUUUUCCUACCAACUAUCCCUAUGCACCUCCUACAGUCCUCUUCAAAACCCCCAUCUACCAUCCGAACGUCGAUUUCUCCGGACGUAUCUGUCUCGACAUCCUGAAGGAUAAGUGGAGCGCGGUCUACAACGUGCAGAGUGUGCUGUUGAGUUUGCAGAGUUUGCUCGGGGAACCAAAUAAUGCAAGCCCUCUCAACGGCCAGGCUGCAGAAUUGUGGGAUAACAACCCGGAGGAAUAUAAGCGUCAUGUUCUCGCGCGCCAUCGCGAAAUUGAAGCCGGUGAAUAG